UGGUGCGUGCCGUCGCUCAGCUGAUUUAGCUGUUGUUGCAGCUGAUGAUGCAGCCAUCUUCCUCCUCACAACAAGGACAAGCUAGACGUGCUCAUUGGACUUGUGGGCCUUGUCGUUGGGAUCUCUCGCUUCUCUCAUCAGGAUAUCCCUCUAAAACUUAGUCAUGGCUGCCGAAAAGAUGGAAAAGAUCGUACCCAAGCUGAAGGCCGAAGAGGAGGAGGAGGAGGAAGAGGAGGAGCCCAUUGACAUGGCCGUGAUCAUCAAGGAGAAGUGUGGCGAGGAGCAUUGCACCAAGUACAAGGACCGCUUGGACGAGUGCAAUCAGCGGGUCAAGUCCAAGAAUGAGACCACGGAGACCUGUUUUGAAGAAAUCCUCGACUUCUACCAUUGCGUGGACCACUGCGCGUCCAAGGACAUUUUUAAACAUAUGAAAUGAUCGCCCGGCAAUGCCCUCGUUAUUACUCCCUGAGGACAUCCACAACCUAUAUUGAAUAUAUUUAGUCCAUUUCAGUAGGGUCAUUCCGGAAA